AUUAAUUUUAUUUGUUGCAGGCUCACAUUAAAUUUCCUAUCGACUAUCCAUAUUCACCGCCUACCUUCAGAUUCCUGACCAAAAUGUGGCACCCCAACAUUUAUGAGAAUGGAGACGUAUGUAUUUCAAUUCUUCACCCACCUGUAGAUGACCCACAAAGUGGAGAACUGCCAUCCGAAAGGUGGAACCCCACCCAGAAUGUCAGGACUAUCCUACUGAGUGUAAUCUCCUUGCUUAAUGAGCCCAACACCUUCUCUCCGGCCAAUGUGGAUGCAUCAGUCAUGUUCAGGAAAUGGAGGGACAGUAAAGGAAAAGACAAAGAGUAUGCUGAAAUCAUUAGGAAACAGGUUUUGGCUACCAAGGCUGAGGCGGAAAAGGAUGGCGUGAAGGUCCCCACUACGCUGGCAGAGUACUGCAUCAAAACUAAAGUGCCUUCCAAUGACAACAGUUCAGAUUUGCUUUAUGACGACUUGUACGAUGACGACAUUGAUGAUGAAGACGAGGAGGAGGAAGAUGCCGAGUGUUACGAUGAUGAUGAUUCUGGCAAUGAAGAGUCGUGACCUGCUCCCUACAUGCCCCUGUACUGCCCUGCCGACUCAGGCCAAAAGGGAGCAGUGGUAACCUAGCAACAGUCCAGCAAAAAAUACACGGGGGAAAUCAACAACAAACUCUUGUCUCCUGCUGUACGGAUCUCUGUUUGCUCUUUUUUAUGGACCUCUUAGAGAGAGAGAGACCCUUCACAGAAUGUCUGAAUUCUUGCAUUCUUAACCCUUUCAUCACUGUAUUAUGAUUUCUUUUUUAAGAAAGAAACUCCCCCUCUCGCUUCUCUACGAAACGUUCACAGUGAAACAGGUUUGGUCUGUGUUUAAAUACCUUAAUUAAACACAGUCUUGCAUCGAGAUGUUUAAUGUAUUUAAAGCUGGAACGAACCCAUUGAAGUUGGGUCCUUGGGAGUUCACAAGUGCUGCAUUUACUGGGAAGAAAAAACAAACAAAACCACACAAAAAAGCAAAUUGCCAAGGUUUAGCUGCUCCAUUUACAAUAAUAGCGUGUGCACAUUCGUGUAGCUUUGUGGUGGUGGUGGGUUUUUUUCCUUUUUUCAAGGCUUGGGGCAGAGAGUGUAAGCUACUGUGUGUUGAGCUUGAUGGAAUGUUUUACUGAAAGGUACAGUAUUCCUUUUCAGCCUGUUCUAGUUAGGAAGUAGACAGCCCCUGGAGCCUUGUGCCCAGAGGGCAGAAUCAGCUGCCUUUUUACCAAGUGUAUGAUAUGAACCCGAAAAUAAACACUUAACACUUCACAUCUGUACAACUGAGCCCUGGGUUGCUAUUUAUUUUUCAGACUGGUUGGGGUUUAGAAAUCACUAUGCCGUUUGUUAGAAUGCUGCUGAGAUCUGCUGCUGGCUCCCCUUGUUGGGAGGGAAUCGUGAAACUUAAAUCCUCUCCUCCUUCAGAAUGCAAAGUUGGCCACCUUAAAAGUGGUGGUAGGUUCAGUCAGCCAGUUUUCGUCCUAGGAGCAUGUGUUCAGUGUCUAGAAUCUGCCGUUUUCAAUAAGCUACUACACCUCUGGAGAGUCUAGUCUGUGCGUUAGUCGUAGAUGCCAGUUGCUCUUCUCUGCAUCCCAAAUGCCUACUAUUGACUUUUAGCAUCUACCUUUGUUUAUUUAAAUGGGUAAGACUAGUUGUGAGUUGGCAAAUGAUGGGGCCCACCAAGACUUGCUGCUGUAGAUUGUGGGCCUUGAGGCAGAAUCCAAAAUUCCCUUGCGCAACAAUGCACUCACAAGAACUAGAAAUACCAGUCUGGCCUUCCCCAUGCUUAUCAGUGGACAGACUUUCUGAAUUGACCGUCAAACCAAGACUGUCCUCAUUACUGGAGAGGGAAAGGGGAUCCCAGUGACAAAGCUUUGUUGUGGUCACAUAGCUCUCAAAUACUGAUGCCAGCUUGUUCAUGGCUGAAGAGGUGUCAAAAAAGUGCAUGGACCCAGAUGGCUGAAGGGGGAGCUCUGCAAACCAGGAUUAGAAAUCACUGCUGCUAGGCUUUCAGCAUGUUAACUGGGUGGUGUGCAAAAUUCAGACAGUUCAGCAACUCCAGAAUCUCUUGCAUGUGCUGGGGAGCUUUUGGCAGAAGAUCCGACCUACCAGCCUCAAACUUUUUGAGCCGAAUUUGAUUGCUUAACCUGGUUGACAUCACAAAUCCAUUAUAAAGCACUGUUGUGAUUUGGCUGCGGUGUGGCACCCUGAGUUGGCCUUUGGGACUACUUUUUGCCCACUGAUUAGGACAGCAUUUCAAGUAUACUGAGCCUCUCAUCGCUUCAAGAACCUACUCUAGUGGUGUGGAGUGACUCAUGGUGCUGUUCUGGCUUCAGUGGGAGGUUUAUCUAUGUGGGGGGAGUAAGGACUGUUGUGUCAAGCCCUUGCAGGCUCCUUUAAUGACAUUUUGGUUGCCCCCUUGUCCUCACGGUUUCCAGUGGCACGUCACCACCUUUCACUAACCCUGCCUCCUCAAAGUUGAUUGGCUGGGGAAGCCUUCGAACUUGUUAAUAAAGUGAAAGCUGGGAGUGCU